CGACGCCAGAAAAAACACGGGACAACCAGACAACCGGUGGCCACCGGGGGCGACGGAGCGCGCGGAGGAUAUGGCCGCACUCGCCCACCACCACCGUGUCCUUUCCUUCACCUCCUUGGCAACUCCAAGAACCCGUCUCCCCUUCGCAUCCUCCUCGUCGCCUCCCACGCAUGCCGGCCUCAGAGGCGCCCGUGUUCUCCGGCACGCCUUCGGCGGCGGCAGCGCGCCCCCCGCCGCCAGCUCGUCGCUGGAGGAGCUGUCCCGGAGCUGCACCACCUGGUCAUGGCGAGGGAUGCGCGUGAACUACCUGGUCAGGGGGGAGGGCCUGCCCGUGCUGCUCGUCCACGGCUUCGGCGCCUCCGUCGCGCACUGGCGCAGGAACAUUGGCGUGUUGUCUGAAUCCAACACGGUUUAUGCCAUCGAUUUGCUCGGGUUCGGGGCGUCAGACAAGCCUGCUGGAUUCUCUUACACCAUGGAAACAUGGGCCGAGUUGAUCCUGGAGUUCUUGGACGAGGUCGUCAAGAGGCCCACCGUGCUCGUUGGCAACUCUGUGGGGAGCCUUGCUUGUGUCAUUGCUGCCUCAGAUUCUACCAGGGACCUUGUCCGGGGACUCGUUCUGCUGAACUGCUCAGGUGGGAUGAACAAUAAGGCGAUCGUGGAUGACUGGAGGAUCAAGCUGCUCUUGCCUCUGCUCUGGCUAAUCGACUUUCUGCUCAAACAAAAGAGCAUCGCAUCGGCGCUCUUCGGGCGUGUGAAAGAAAGGGAGAAUCUGAAGAACAUCUUGAUGUCUGUCUACGGAAACAAAGACGCCGUGGAUGAUGAACUGGUCGAGUGUUGUGCAGAUCAUAAGGGGUCCGGCUGACACCGAAGGAGCUCUCGACGCGUUCGUGUCGACGGUGACGGGCCCGCCGGGGCCUAGCCCGAUAGCCCUGAUGCCGGGGAUCAAAGUUCCGGUGUUGGUUCUGUGGGGAGACGAGGAUCCCUUCACCCCGAUCGACGGGCCCGUGGGGAAGUACUUCUCCGGCCUCCCGUCCGAGCUUCCCAACGUGAGGCUCCACAUGCUGGAGGGGGUUGGCCACUGCCCGCACGACGAUCGGCCGGACCUCGUGCACGAGAAGCUGCUUCCAUGGCUGGCCAGUCUCCCGUCGGCGACCGAGCCUGAGGUGGCGGUAACGUAAGUGGUGAUUAGUGACCUAACGAGCAGCCAAACAGAUGUGCAUACAUACAUGUGUAUUUUUUAUGAACCUUCAAGAAUCUGUCUUUAGAUGAUUAUAUUAUACAAGAAUAACUUCAAUA